GCUGAUUGAAUACACAAUGAAAAGCACAUCCACAACUGGCUCUAUUCUGUUUGUUCCAUUUGAAGAAGAAUCAACAUCCAUAUCAGAUAUACAAAUGCAGCCACCAGGUGGUCAGAUAUUCUACAUAGAUGGUCAACUCACAUUAACGAAUGAGGACCAACAUUUCUGCAUCAUGGCAUGCUCAGACUGCAACAUUCCAUUCACAAGAAGUAUUUCCUCAAAGCCAUUCUAUUGCAUACAUUGUGAUCGAUCUACUAUGCUCAUCCCAAGAGUGCAAUUUGACAUCACAGUUACUGAUCACACUGGUUCCGCUACAGCUUCCGUCUCUGCUGAAAAAAUGUUGCACCUCUCAAUACAAGAAAUUGUCAGGCCAAGAACCACCAACAACUUCAUGAACAACUGUGCAACCACCUAGGAGCAGCGACUUACAGAAUUCAAAUGAAAAAACUGUUCUACAGAAACCACGGAACAUCAGCUGCAAAUUUGACUUCUCAAUUAUGAAGAAAAACACAACCCCACCCAAUCAGCACUGAUGGUCACAGCCGAAGCAACAAAGCGCAAAAUGCUGGACACAAGCAGUAAACACAAA